ACCUCCAUUUUCCUGGCUCUCUCUCUCUCCUAGCCAUAGGCUUCACGUUGAUGGCAAGCGUUACGACCUACGCCAUCGCAAUUACAGCUAAAUUCAAUGAAUUGCAAAAACAGCUAAUGCUAUUAGUCAACUUCCCAUUUGGGAGAAAUCAACUCCGCACCAAAUCUCAAAAAAAACACCAUUUUCCCAAUUUGUCGAAUCACAGAGCAAUGGUAGGAAGAAGGGAAUAGAGCGCGAUCGUCAUGGCGGCCGAGAGGUUCAAGGUGGUGGCGCUGGUGGCGGCUGUCAUGUGCUUGUGCAGCGCAGAUAGAGUCGUCAUGUCGGUCGUCGUUGUCCCCCUUGCCGCCAAAAAUGGCUGGACCACUUCCUUCUUGGGCAUUGUCCAGUCAUCCUUUCUGUGGGGAUAUAUGUGUUCCUCAGUUAUAGGAGGAGCUUUGGUGGAUAAACAUGGAGGACGAAAAGUUCUAGCAAUCGGUGCAGCUUUGUGGUCUCUCGCUACUCUCCUCACUCCAUGGGCGGCAAUUCACUCCACGACUGGUCUCUUGGCUGUUCGUGUCUUCUUUGGACUCGCAGAAGGUGUAGCUCUACCCUCAAUGAAUAAUAUUCUCUCGAGAUGGUUCCCGACUAAUGAAAGAGCCACUGCAGUUGGAAUAUCAAUGGGAGGUUUCCAGCUAGGGAACGUCCUUGGAUUGGUCGUAACACCUCUGGCCAUAUCGUCUGUAGGGAUCUCCGGUCCUUUCAUUCUCUUCACAUUUCUCGGAUUUCUCUGGUUGGUUACGUGGGCAUAUAGGGUCCCGAACGAUCCACAAGAGAGCACUUGUAUCAGUAAAUCGGAGUUGAAGCUGAUCCAAGCCGGGAAAUCGGAUCCUUGCCAGAGCAAGGGCAAGCUUCCACCUCUAACCCUUCUUUUCUCAAAAAUGCCAACCUGGGCAAUAAUUUUUGCUAAUAUCACCAAUAAUUGGGGCUACUUCGUUCUUUUGUCGUGGAUGCCAGUUUAUUUCAAUACUGUUUUUGGUGUAAAAUUGAAGGAGGCGGCUUGGUUUAGCGCAGUUCCAUGGGGAACAAUGGCCAUCUCGGGCUACAUUGCUGGCGCGAUGUCUGAUUAUUUAAUCAAAUCCGGUUACUCAAUAACAUCCAUCAGGAAAAUCACUCAGUCGAUCGGUUUCGUUGGACCCGGGACAGCAUUGCUUGGCUUGAACUACGCCACGAGCCCUGCAGUCGCGGCCGUAUUCAUGACAAUGGGUCUCAGCCUGAGCUCCUUCAGUCAAGCUGGGUUCUUACUGAAUAUGCAUGAUAUAGCACCACAAUAUGCUGGAUUUCUACAAGGGAUUUCAAAUUCAGCAGGAACAGUAGCAGCAAUAGUGAGUACAAUAGCAACAGGAAUGUUUGUGCAGUGGCUGGGAUCUUUUCAAGCAUUCUUAACUCUAACUGCUUGUCUCUAUUUUGCUGCAACUAUCUUUUGGAAUCUCUAUGCUACUGGAGAAAGAGUCUUUUAGCAUUCUUGUUUCUACAAACCUUA